AAGGUAUCGGUGCUGCGACUUCCGGUCCGGGCUAACGCGGCUGAAGUACACUGCGUGGUUUGUGUGGUGCGGUGACAGACUUCUGAAGGCAAUUCAGUGGGUGAAGAGGCGAGCAUCGGCGUCUGAACUCAGAAGUCUGGAGUCUAGUGAGAGGAUAGGGAAAAAAGCCAGGAACCCGAAUACAAUCUAACCUCUGUUUCCGAGGGGGCAACUUCCACGGGAACCCCUCUGCCCUGGUAACGGCCAAAGAGGAGAUGGCGCCAGUCAGGGAGCGGCCGUGGCCGACACAGUGAGGAAGCUUGAAGGCGGAGCAACCGGAGAAGCCUCCGGAGAACAGCCAGAGCCGUCGCUGUCGCUACCACUGCCACCACCAUGGAAGGGGCAAAGCCGACUUUGCAGCUCGUAUACCAGGCAGUGCAGGCGCUUUACCACGACCCAGAUCCCAGCGGAAAGGAGCGCGCCUCGUUUUGGCUUGGAGAGCUGCAGCGUUCGGUUCAUGCAUGGGAGAUUUCAGACCAAUUGUUACAGAUCCGACAGGAUGUGGAAUCAUGCUACUUUGCUGCACAGACCAUGAAAAUGAAGAUUCAGACCUCAUUUUAUGAGCUCCCCACAGACUCUCAUGCCUCUUUACGGGACUCAUUACUAACCCAUAUCCAGAACUUGAAAGACUUGUCACCUGUCAUUGUAACGCAGCUGGCUUUAGCAAUAGCAGACCUUGCCCUACAGAUGCCUUCCUGGAAGGGAUGUGUACAAACAUUGGUGGAAAAAUAUAGCAAUGAUGUAACUUCUCUGCCUUUUCUGCUGGAGAUCCUUACAGUGUUACCUGAAGAAGUACAUAGUCGUUCCUUACGAAUUGGGGCUAACCGGCGCACAGAAAUUAUAGAAGAUUUGGCCUUCUACUCUAGUACAGUGGUAUCUCUAUUGAUGACCUGUAUAGAAAAAGCAGGAACAGAUGAGAAAAUGCUUAUGAAGGUCUUUCGCUGUUUAGGAAGUUGGUUUAACCUAGGAGUUUUGGACAGUAACUUCAUGGCGAACAAUAAGUUACUAGCACUCCUUUUCGAGGUUUUGCAACAGGAUAAGACCUCAUCCAACCUACACGAAGCUGCUUCGGAUUGUGUAUGCUCAGCUCUCUAUGCCAUUGAGAAUGUGGAGACUAACUUGCCAUUAGCCAUGCAGCUUUUUCAAGGAGUCCUAACAUUGGAGACUGCUUAUCAUAUGGCUGUGGCACGUGAAGAUUUAGACAAAGUUCUGAAUUACUGCCGUAUUUUCACUGAACUAUGUGAAACUUUUCUUGAAAAAAUUGUUUGUACUCCAGGCCAAGGUCUUGGCGACCUACGAACUCUGGAACUGCUGCUUAUUUGUGCAGGACAUCCUCAAUAUGAGGUAGUAGAAAUUUCCUUUAACUUUUGGUACCGACUCGGGGAGCAUUUGUACAAAACUAAUGAUGAAGUUAUUCAUGGAAUCUUCAAAGCUUACAUUCAGAGGCUGCUUCAUGCCUUGGCUCGACACUGCCAGCUAGAACCAGACCAUGAGGGGGUUCCUGAGGAGACUGAUGACUUUGGAGAGUUUCGGAUGAGGGUAUCAGAUCUGGUGAAAGACUUGAUUUUCUUGAUUGGGUCUAUGGAGUGUUUUGCUCAGUUAUAUUCUACUCUGAAAGAAGGCAACCCACCCUGGGAGGUGACAGAAGCGGUUCUCUUUAUCAUGGCUGCUAUAGCAAAGAGUGUUGAUCCGGAGAACAAUCCAACACUUGUGGAGGUCUUAGAAGGAGUUGUCCGUCUUCCAGAGACUGUACAUACAGCUGUGCGAUACACCAGCAUUGAAUUGGUUGGAGAGAUGAGCGAAGUGGUUGAUCGGAAUCCUCAGUUUCUUGACCCUGUGUUGGGCUAUUUGAUGAAGGGCCUGUGUGAAAAGCCUCUGGCUUCUGCUGCAGCCAAAGCCAUUCAUAACAUUUGUUCUGUCUGCCGAGACCACAUGGCUCAGCACUUUAAUGGACUCCUGGAGAUUGCCCGUUCCCUUGAUUCCUUCAUGUUGUCUCCAGAAGCUGCUGUGGGCUUGCUAAAAGGGACAGCACUUGUCCUAGCCAGGUUACCUUUGGAUAAGAUUACUGAAUGCCUUAGUGAACUAUGUUCUGUUCAGGUUAUGGCAUUGAAAAAGCUGUUGUCUCAGGAGCCCAGCAAUGGUAUAUCCUCAGAUCCCACUGUGUUCUUAGAUCGCCUUGCAGUAAUAUUUAGACACACCAAUCCCAUUGUGGAAAAUGGACAAACUCAUCCGUGCCAAAAAGUCAUACAGGAAAUAUGGCCAGUUUUAUCUGAGACUCUAAAUAAACACCGGGCUGAUAAUCGGAUUGUAGAGCGUUGUUGCAGGUGCCUCCGCUUUGCUGUUCGCUGUGUAGGCAAAGGAUCUGCAGCCCUGCUUCAGCCACUGGUUACACAGAUGGUGAAUGUGUACCACGUACAUCAGCAUUCCUGUUUCCUGUACCUUGGCAGUAUCCUUGUGGAUGAAUACGGCAUGGAAGAGGGCUGUCGGCAGGGACUACUAGACAUGCUCCAGGCACUGUGCAUCCCUACCUUUCAGCUGCUGGAACAGCAGAAUGGGCUCCAGAAUCACCCUGACACUGUGGAUGACCUGUUCAGGCUGGCCACCAGAUUUAUUCAGCGUAGCCCUGUUACCUUGCUGAGGAGCCAAGUGGUCAUCCCUAUCUUGCAGUGGGCCAUUGCCUCCACUACCCUGGACCACCGGGAUGCCAAUUGCAGUGUCAUGAGGUUCCUACGAGACCUUAUCCAUACAGGGGUAGCCAAUGAUCAUGAAGAAGACUUUGAAUUACGGAAAGAACUGAUUGGACAGGUGAUGAACCAGCUUGGACAGCAACUUGUAAGCCAACUGCUCCACACGUGCUGCUUUUGUCUCCCUCCCUAUACCCUACCAGAUGUGGCUGAAGUACUCUGGGAGAUCAUGCAGGUUGACAGACCGACUUUUUGUCGAUGGUUAGAGAACUCCUUGAAAGGUUUGCCAAAGGAGACAACUGUGGGAGCAGUCACAGUGACACACAAACAACUUACAGAUUUCCACAAACAAGUCACUAGUGCUGAGGAAUGUAAACAAGUUUGCUGGGCCUUGCGAGACUUCACCAGGUUGUUCCGAUAGCUCACACUCCUGAACUGUGCCUGUCACCCAGGAAUGUCUUUAAUUAGAAGACAGGAAGAAAACAAAAACCAGACUGUGUCCCACAAUCAGAAACCUCCAUUGUGGCAGAGGGGCCUUCACCGCCACCACGGCGUCCCGCCAGACAGGGAGAGACUCCAGCCUUCAGAGGCCGUCCUGAGGAGUUCCUGUUUGGGGGUGUGAGGAAAAAUCAGUGCGGUUUAAAAAAAAGAUGGCUGUGGCCUGUCCGGCGUGGUGGGAGGGGAGCUGGUUUCCUGGUGAACUUGUUUCAAAGGAAAAAUAAUUUUAAAGAAAUAAAAAAGGAAAAAAAGGAAAACUAAA